CAACUCAGAGGUCCUUUCAAUCCAUUGGAGUGUACGUUUAAAGGCGUGAGUCGUCAGACGUCGUUCCGGAAGGUGGGCGUCGACAAGGAUUCCGUGAACUACGUGGUGUUAGAGCCCGACUACCUGUCCAAACACACGCGUAUGUUGGUGUCGGCGAGUAUGGGUUUGCGUCAGAAUAGCGGUAAUAUAACGCUGAGAGACACGACUUUAAUGCCAAACAUACGCGGCUUUCCGGCGUUGAUGUCACUGCUGUUCGCACCGCGCUUUCAGCUGAGGGUCGACAGCGAACAGCGCCAAUACGUGGGCGCCAUUUGUGGGCUUGGCUUUGAUGGGCGCACCCUUAAGGGCUACGACGCCGACUACGACUCCGAGAUUAUCUUUGAUUCGGACAUAUCUCGCGAAGACUUAGUCAAAGUGAAUGUCAUUCGCUAUAAUAUCAGUACACUUCUGGCGAGCCGUCAGUCGCUCCAGGAGUACACUGAGGGCGGGCUGACUAUCAAACAGCGCAAAGUCCGCCGCAAUAUCAUUGAGCUGUUGGACAGACGCCGACGACUCAUCAAUAACUCGAAAUUUCAGCCGACCUUCAAAUGGAUGAAAGUGUCGGACGAGGUUCAGGGUAUCGACAAAACCGAGUUGCAGGCGAACGCCAAUCUGUUGCCAUACUGUCAACAAAUACCACUCCAUCAGUACGACUGGUUUCAGGACGUGGCGAAGAAUCUCGAAGAACUUAAAGGGCUAGAGAACGGCGAUUGCGUGACAUAUGUGUGCAAAUUAUGUGAAGUGAAGGCCUACUCGAAGCCCGAUAUGAUGAGUCACGUGCACUCGGAUGAGCACAGGGAUGGUGUGGACGACUUCGAUAAGAACCUGAAGAUUCACGAACAGGAAACUGCGAAACAGAAGUACUUCCAGAGCCUCGAGGAUGACGGCAUCGAAGAGGACGCAGAAGUCUUUGACAUCGAAUCCGAUUCCGACUAAUCGGCGGUCAAGACUUGGCUUUGGAUUAGUUUUUUAUGCUUUGAUUUUGAUACACUAUUUUUGAUACAUUUCCCCUUAG